CCAAAUUUGUUCCUCCUCGUACUCGGUCGCGGUCUUUGGCUGAUGGCGUUUCUCCUGAUAGUGGAUAUCAAGAGCCUGUAUCCAACACCAGCACAGACUAUUGCCCUAGCAAUGGUAUUCGUCUCGUUGCGGACUCUUCAUUUCAUAGCAACGUGAAUGCUAAUAUUUCUGGUCCAUCCUUCCUUCGAAAAAGGUCUCGGCAACACUCAUGCCCAGAUGGAGUAAUGAAAUCUUCUCAUUUAAUUCUCUCCAUUCCUCCACUUCCUUCAUCACAUCUUUCUCUUUCUUCUCUUCCCCUUCCACCUCUCUGUAUUCCACCUAAAACUUACACUCUUUCGCAGCGUUCUACUUCGGAAUAUCCUUUACUUCUCUCAGAGGCAGAUAGUGUUACCUGCCUCCCUUCAUGUACAAUUUCUUCUUUAUCCCUACCUCAUCCUUCUGCCUCUCCUCUCUACUCCUCCGCAAGUACUGAGCUACCUAAUCUGACUUCUCCUGGAAUAUGCACCCUACAUAACUCUCGUACUCGGCCUUGGCACUGGCGGCAGAGAAGACGUCAGCGACGUGGCCAUUCUGGUCCUCGAUCUAAACGCCAGCAUAUUCAACAUUCCCAUCAUCCUCAUUAUAUGCAUAUGAGUCCUCGUUCUCGGCAGCUUUGUUCAGGCCGGUUAGAUCUGUUUCCUAUAUCACGUGCUCAGCACCACGGCUUCUCUAAUUAUACGGCUUCUGACGUAUCACUUCUUUCAACUGCCAACUCAAGGCGAGUAGCUGAUUUGUCAAAGCUGCUGCUACCCUUAAAGCAUCAUAAAUGGGACAAGAAGAAUUUGGAUGAGAAUUGGUUGUCACAACGCUGUGUGGAACCUCUCGACACGGUGUGGGCGAAAUGUCGUGGCUCACCCUGGUAUCCCGCUUUGGUUAGUCAUGCUUUGCCUUGA